GCCGAGCCGCUGCAGUUGCGGCGGCUGCAGCGAAGGCUUGAGCGCUGGGGAGGUGGGUCCGCGCGCCCCGGCCCCCGGGGCGGCCCCAGGGCCCCUCUCGCAGGCCGGCGGCGCGGCUCGGAGGGAGGCGGUGGCGGCCGUGGCGGCGGGAACGGCGACCUUGGCCAGCGGAACGCGCAGUGGCCGUUGGGCGGAGGCCGAGCCCCGCCGGUCGUCUUGGCCGAGUCGGAGGGAGGCGCAUCUGGGGCACGGGUCCCGGCGGCGGCAGGGGGUCUGGAGCCGUGGGAGCCGGGACGUGCUGACACCCAGGGCGGACCCCCGCGUCGCGGAGCCCAGUCUGGGGCGGGGCGAGAGGGGCCAAGCCACGCGUCUUUUUCGGGCGUCCAGCUGCACACGCGCCAGGCUGCGGUUCCAGGUACUCCAAGCUCCAUCUGGCAUCCGGCGCGGAUACCUGGAGGCGCGGGGCCGAACCCUCCGCGCCCUGGUCGCCUCCCCAGACCUAGCCCGGCAGAGACCAGGGCUUUGGAACUCAGGGACCCGCCGCCGGCUCGGACUGCGAGCCCCACCCUACAAAGAGGGCGCCGCCGAGAGCUGGGAGGCGCCCGGGUGGUGGUCGUGUCGUGGGCGCCGUCCUAGCAGCGGGGAGCGCAGCGCGGAGGGGACAUGCGAUCGGAGAAAUCCCUGACGCUGGCGGCGCCGGGGGAGGUCCGCGGGCCGGAGGGCGAGCAACAGGAUGCGGGAGACUUCCCGGAGGCCGGCGGCGGUGGCGGCGGCUGCUGUAGUAGCGAGCGGCUGGUCAUCAACAUCUCGGGGCUGCGCUUCGAGACUCAGCUGCGCACCCUGUCGCUGUUUCCGGACACGCUCCUGGGGGACCCCGGCCGCCGUGUCCGCUUCUUCGACCCGCUGAGGAACGAGUACUUCUUCGACCGCAACCGGCCCAGCUUCGACGCCAUCCUCUACUACUACCAGUCCGGGGGCCGGCUGCGCCGGCCGGUCAACGUACCGCUGGACAUCUUCCUGGAGGAGAUCCGCUUCUACCAGCUGGGGGACGAGGCCCUGGCGGCCUUCCGCGAGGAUGAGGGCUGCCUGCCCGAGGGUGGCGUGGACGAGAAGCCGCUGCCCUCCCAGCCCUUCCAGCGCCAGGUGUGGCUGCUCUUCGAGUACCCGGAGAGCUCGGGGCCUGCCCGGGGCAUCGCCAUCGUCUCCGUCCUGGUCAUCCUCAUCUCCAUCGUCAUCUUCUGCCUGGAGACGCUGCCCCAGUUCCGUGCAGACGGUCGAGGUGGAAGCAACGGUGGCGGCAUCUCCCCAGGGUCCAGGGGCAGUCAGGAGGAAGAGGAGGAUGAAGGUGACUCCUAUACCUUCCAUCCUGGCAUCGCCCCCGGGGGAAUGGUGGCAGGGGGCUCAUCCUCACUAAGUACUCUUGGGGGCUCUUUCUUUACCGACCCCUUCUUUCUGGUGGAGACGCUGUGCAUCGUCUGGUUCACCUUUGAGCUGCUGGUGCGCUUCUCCGCCUGCCCUAGCAAGCCAGCCUUCUUCCGGAACAUCAUGAACAUCAUCGACCUGGUGGCCAUCUUCCCCUACUUCAUCACACUGGGCACCGAGCUGGUGCAGCAGCAGGAGCAGCAGUCGGCCACUGGUGGGGGCGGCCAGAACGGGCAGCAGGCCAUGUCCCUGGCCAUCCUCAGAGUGAUCCGCCUGGUCCGUGUGUUCCGCAUCUUCAAGCUGUCCCGCCACUCCAAGGGGCUACAGAUCCUGGGCAAGACGCUGCAGGCCUCCAUGCGGGAGCUGGGCCUGCUCAUCUUCUUCCUCUUCAUCGGGGUCAUCCUCUUCUCCAGCGCCGUCUACUUCGCGGAGGCUGACGACGACGAUUCUCUCUUCCCCAGUAUCCCGGAUGCCUUCUGGUGGGCGGUGGUCACCAUGACCACCGUAGGUUAUGGGGACAUGUACCCCAUGACGGUGGGGGGCAAGAUCGUGGGCUCGCUGUGUGCCAUCGCUGGGGUCCUCACCAUCGCCCUGCCCGUGCCCGUCAUCGUCUCUAACUUCAACUACUUCUACCACCGAGAGACAGAGCAGGAGGAGCAAGGCCAGUAUACCCACGUCACUUGUGGGCAGCCUGCCCCGGACCUGAAGGCAGCUGACAGUGGACUUGGCAAGCCUGAAUUCUCGGAGGCCACCCGGGAGCGGAGACCCAGCUACCUUCCCACACCACAUCGAGGGUAUGCAGAGAAAAGGAUGCUCACUGAGGUUUGAUGGAUGCGGGCAGUGCCUGCAUGGAAGGAAAACACCAAACACACCCUUCCGUAGGGACCCUUCUCAUCCUCCACUACUCGCACCCCAGCUCCAGGUGACCUGACUCCCUCACCCCACAGUGGUUGGUGCCAGGAUCAUACACCUGGACUGUCAGCCUUGUUACUUGACCCCUGCAGCAUCCCAGGUUUCUCCAUCUAAGUGACAUUUUUGAAAUUCUAAUGGUGCCACCCAUUCGUGCCCAUCUUAUGUCACGUGGAUGAGAUUUCCAUCUGACCUUCCCUCGAGACUCUGAUUUUUCACGUUUGGGACUUGUGAUGUCUCUAGGAAGAGUGACGUCGACAGGCUGGAAACCAGGCAUACCUGGGUCUUGUUUCUCCUUAGCAUCCUUGGCUUUGGGGCAUGCACCCUCCCAUCGUAGCUUCUGGCCACAUGCUAACUAGCCGAAGCCGGUGGAUAGAAACAGUACUCAUCCUGUUGUUUUCCUCCAGUGCCCUGUAAGGUCGGCUGGUCAUUCUGCAGAGAAGCCUUAGGAGAGCCUUCAGUUGCACAGCCUGAACAUAUGUUAUCUGUCUCUAAUCUUGGAUGCAAUUAGAGAAACUACAAUGACACUUGGCCAUUUGGAGGACGUGAGAGGUCAGUCCUGGACCAAAAGGGCCAGUGGAUUCUUCUAGCGUGAUCUGGCACGAUAGACGUUAGUCUCUGGUCUCCACUUAGCUCUCUCGACUCUGAUUCCCCUGACUCUGUGGCUUCCAGGAAGGCUCCUCCUUCUCAGAGCCAAAUACUCUGUCUGUUCAGGUGCCUUCCUGUGCGGAGGAACUGACAAAGGGGAACCACGGAGCUGCAAGAAAUGGCCGAACGGAACCAAGUCCCUGGCCUGACCACUUCUUAGAGAAGCAGUGUCCCUUAGACAGUGCCAUCUCAGAGCGGUGGAGGAGUCUUUUUGCCGACAGCAAAUUCCUUUCCCUCACUUCCCCCAGCCCUCUCUAGCCCUCCAUCUUUCUUCCUGGGAAUCUGACUUAGAUUUGCAGCUGAAGGCUUGCUAAAGCAGACUCCAGCUUAAAUCUGCCGCCAGGGAACUAAGGAAGAGGCUGGCCCAGAGUUCCAAACCAGGAGAACUACACCUGUAUUUCUGAUAGCGGCUGGACAAAGAGGACCGGGACCCUCAACUUCUCCAGAAGACGAGACACCCCCUGCUCCUUGGGUGGACAGGCCUGACGCUCCUCCAGUGGCCUCCCAUGAGCCAUGACCAGGCUGGAAAAAACUGGGACGGGACCCAUGGGCAUUUAAAGAUGGGACUUGGGAUACUGGGCUGAGGCUGGGGCAGGGAGGUGAGACAGAAGAACUGAGGGUGCAGACAGAAGAAACCAGGUGUGGAGGGGUCAGGGGUCAAGUGACGCCAGCAAGCGCAUGGCUGUGCUGCAGGACCGUCCAAGAAAAGGGUGGCCGUGGAGGACUCACAAUAAAUACACCCUGAGUCUCGGAGGCUGCGUGUUUCACUGCGUGAAAACACCAACAGCUAAGUUGAGCAAAUGUGUCAAGUAAUCGUGAAAAAGGCAGGCAGGUACCCAAGGCGCCAGGACACUUGGCCAGCAUCCCAGGGGCCACCCACAGAUGGCAUCAGAAAAAGUGGGUGAGUCCCCUCUGCGGUGACCCCACCCUGGACAGGGGAUGUUCUCCAAGGAGGCCAGGUGUGCCACCCGUGGUCAAGGAGUGGUCUGCCUGCGGGCAGAUGCCUAGGCCAGGUGAUGAAGCCAUGCACGGGGUCUCCCAGGACAGCAGGAGCUUCUUUCUAGUGUGUGACCCACUCCACUCCUGGCCUGGCCCCUGGGGAAGGAGAGCGAUUCCACUUCUGGGACGUCCCUCCUCCUCACCUCCCUCCCUCCUUGCAGCAUCCGUCCAGGGUGCUCUAGGGGGGACAUUCCCAUGGGUGCCCACUCAUCCAAGUGUCCUGUCCUCUUGGUGACAAAACCCAUGAGGCUGAUUUUCUUGCCUUGGGCUUACUUUUCUAAUUCGGUGUUGCCAGGGUUACUGUCUGCUUUAAUGCUGGGCCCUCCCAGAUCUGAGUGCUGGGUCACCAAACUGCAGGUGCCUUGGCAGCAGGGACCAUCUUCUCAGCCACAUGGCCACCUGAUGUCUAGUAAAGCCCCAGACGUGGACUUGU